AAAAGCUGCCUUUUCAAGUCCUCACAGAGGCACAGCCCGCGCGGCCACUCUCCGGUGCAACUCUUUGCCCGACACCCACCCGCCCUCAGUGCCCGACCGUCCGCCGGCCCGCGCGCACGAUGCCACCGUACCUGUUCCUGUGCCUCCUGUCGCUAGCCCUCGCGCAAGACCUAUACCACACGCAGCACCCUGGCAACAGCAAACUAGCUUCCUGUUACGACUUCGACGGAACGCCGCAGAGAUGUAUUCCCGAAUUCGUGAACGCGGCAUACGAGGUACCAAUGGAAGCAACCAACACCUGUGGAGACCGCGGCGAGACUCAAUUCUGCACGCAGACGGCCGCUGGGUCUUCUAGCAGUUCCAGGUCCUGCGAGACCUGCAAGCCUGGGCAGUUCUCCAGCAGGUUCCUCACGGAUACCCACUACGACUCGCACAAUGACAUCACCUGGUGGCAGUCUGAGACUAUGAAGGAGGGCAUCCAGUAUCCUAACCAGGUCAACUUGACCUUGCACUUAGGCAAAUCCUACGACAUCACAUACAUCCGAAUCGUCUUCUACUCGCCUCGCCCGCAGAGUUUCGCCAUCUACCGGCGGGCCAGUGAAAACUCCGAAUGGGAACCUUACCAGUACUUCAGUGCCUCCUGUCGCGACAUGUACGGCGUACAAGAGCAAAGAGCAGCGGACUUGCAGGCAGAGACUAGGGCGCUCUGCACCAGCGAAUAUUCCGACAUUGCCCCCCUUUCUGGGGGUAACGUGCUCUUCUCAACUCUGGAGGGAAGACCGUCCGCUUAUACGUUUGACAGCAGUCCUGAACUUCAGGAAUGGGUAACAGCCACCGAUAUCCGUAUCUCCCUGGACCGUCUGAACACGUUCGGAGACGAGAUCUUCGGUGACAGCUCCGUGCUACAGUCGUAUUGGUACGCCAUCGCCGACGUGGCCGUCGGGGCUAGGUGCACGUGCAACGGACACGCUUCUGUCUGCGAGCGACAGAAUGGUGUUAUGACUUGCAGAUGUGAGCACAACACGGCCGGUCGUUCCUGCGAGCGAUGCAGGGACUCGUACAACGACGCACCGUGGGGUCGAGCCACCACCACUAAUGUGUUCGAGUGCAAGGCCUGCAAUUGCAACGGGUUCUCCAACAAAUGUUACUUCGACAAGGACCUAUAUGAGCACACUGGGCACGGCGGUCACUGUAUAGACUGUGCCGAGAACAGAGAUGGGCCGAACUGCGAGAGAUGUAGGGAGAACUACUUCUCGUCACAAGGAGAUAUUUGUCUACCGUGCAACUGUGAUCCUACUGGUUCCCGCAGCCUCCAAUGCAACGCCGAGGGCAAAUGCCAGUGCAAGCCCGGUGUAACCGGCGACAAAUGCGACGCGUGCGCACCGAACCACUAUGACUUCACUGCGCUCGGCUGCAAGCCUUGCGACUGCAACGACGCUGGCAGCUACGGGAAUAUGCCACAGUGUGACCCGACCACUGGCGUGUGCCAGUGCAAGCAGAAUGUUGAGGGCAGGAGAUGUCGAGAAUGUAAACCUGGUUUCUUCAACCUGGAUCUCGACAACGAGUUCGGCUGCACACCCUGCUUCUGCUUCGGCCAUUCGUCCCAAUGUAACUCAGCGCCGAAGUACCAGUCCUACGAACUGAGCGCACAUUUCUUGAGAGACUCGGAGAAAUGGAGCGCUGAGACUGACAGACGCGAUCCAGCGACGCUUCAGUUUAACGCUAAUACGCAGAAUAUUGAAGUUCGUUCAUCAGGCCCAGAGACGGUCUAUUUCUUAGCCUCCAACCAGUUCCUGGGCGACCAGCGUCCAUCCUACAACCACAAGCUGAAGUUUACCCUUCGCCUGGGGGAGAGUAGGGGGUACCCGUCCGCCCAGGACAUCAUCCUGGAGGGGGCGCAGCAGUCUGUGGCUAUCAACAUCUACGCGCAGAAUAACCCGGAGCCUUCUGACCAGGCUCAAGAGUUCUCCUUCAUCCUGCAUGAAGACCCUCGGUACGGCUGGACCCCGACCCUCUCAAACUUUGACUUCAUGUCGAUCCUGCAGAACCUCACGGCCAUCAAGAUCAGGGGCACCUUCAACAGGAACGGAGUCGGGUAUCUCAUGAAUGUCAAGCUUGAGACUGCUAAGGUGGGUCGCGAGAAAGGCCUAGGCCCAGCCAACUGGGUUGAGAAGUGCAGCUGCCCCGCGGCCUACGUAGGCGACUAUUGUGAGGAGUGUGCUCCUGGGUACCGCCACGAGCCUGCCAAUGGAGGGCCGUACUCGACUUGCAUACCCUGCGACUGCCACAAGCACGCACACAUCUGUGAUACUGCUACAGGAUUCUGCAUUUGCAAGCACAACACAGCCGGUAGCAACUGCGAGCGUUGCGCCAAGGGUUACUAUGGCAACGCUAUAGCUGGCACUCCUGAUGACUGCAAGCCGUGCCCUUGCCCCAAGAGCAGUGGCUGCGUACAACUGGCUGACCAAAGUAUCUGGUGUACUGACUGCCCUAACGGUUACGCUGGACCAAGAUGCGAAGUCUGUGCCGACGGUCACUUCGGAGACCCGACCGGCCAAUUCGGACCGAGCAAGGAGUGCGAAGAAUGCCAGUGCAACGGCAACGUGGACCCGAAUGCUGUGGGCAACUGUAACAGGACCACUGGAGAGUGUCUGAAAUGUAUCUAUAAUACUGCUGGGGAGCACUGUGACAAGUGCUUGGCUGGUUUCUUCGGCGACGCUUUAGACCCGACAAAGAAGGGAGAUUGCAAGCCCUGCGAGUGUGACGAGCACGGCACUAUCGAGAGCACGGACGGCGCUCCUCAGUGCGAUGGUCUGACUGGCUACUGUUCAUGCCGGCCGCAUGUGAUUGGUCGACAGUGUGACCGAUGCGAGGACGGGUACUAUAACAUCAGAUCUGGAGAAGGCUGCAAGUCGUGCGAAUGUAAUCUGGAAGGCUCAUAUAACUCAACUUGCAAUCCGUACACUGGCCAGUGUUACUGCAAGCCGGGGAUCGAUGGAUUGAACUGUGACCGUUGCCGCGAGUACCACUACGGGUUCUCAGCGGAGGGCUGUCAAGACUGCGACUGUGAUGAGUGGGGCUCCACAAACUACCAGUGCAACGCUGACGGGCAGUGCGAGUGUCAGGAGAACGUCGAGGGCCGGCGGUGUGACAGAUGUAUGGAGAACAAAAAAAAGCGCGCCGACGGUCAGGGCUGCGAGAGCUGCCCGCACUGCUACAACCUCGUUCAAGACGCCGUCACUCUGCACAGGAAGGAACUGAAAGAACUUGAUGAGAUCCUCUCGAAAAUCUCCAAAGCGCCAACCGUAGUGGAAAACGCUGACUUCGACAAGGAGCUACAGCGCGUCAGAGAAGAUAUCCAGCGUUUGAGCGAAGAAGCGAAAUCUCAACUAGAAGGCGGGGACGACAGUCUUACCGACACACUUGCGGAUCUGGCUGAGAGACUACAUGAUGUCGAGGAUAUGCUGGUGAAGAUUGAGCGUCUGAGCGACGAGGGCAAUGAAUCCGUCGACAGGAGCAAGGGCAAUGUAUCCAAAGCCAAGGACACUAUUGAGGCAGCGCAGAAAGAAAUCAACAGCGCCCUAGAAUACCUAGACGGUGAAGGCGCCUCAGCGCUCCUCAAAGCCCGGAACCGCUCCGACCAGUUUGGCAAACAAUCCGUCGAAAUGUCCGCCCUAGCCAAGGAGUCGCGCCUGUUAGCCGACAAGUUGGAAAACGAGGCGCACAACAUCAGGGACAUCGCCGAGAAGGCAUUUAAUACGUCCAUCGCGGCUAACAACUUGGCUAAGGACGGGAUGACGAAGCAGGCUAACAUCAGCAACGAAGUCCAGAUCCUCUCCAACGACUUAAACGCCGCGUCGGGGAAGCUGAACAGUAUGACCGAGCACGCUGACGCCGCCCUCAAGAGAGCUAAAGCUGUCUAUGACGAAGCUUUGGGGCUGUACGCUGAAGUCAACACAACCCUGCUACCGGAUAUCAAACUAAUCAAGCUGAAGCAAGAUGCUACUGAAAUGAAUAAGACGAUCGACCAAAGGUCAUCCGACCUGGACAGCCUCAUCUCCGCCAACCGAGACAUGCUGACAAGCCUCGAAGACGCCAUCAGACGCGGCAAGGACCUCCACUACCAAGGACAGCAGAGGCAGGAUGAGCUAAGCGAACUGUUGGCUAGACUAGAUGAGCUUCAGGCACAGGCCAAAAGUGAUGUCAACUUGGCUAACGUCACUCUGAAGGAGGCCAAUGAGAUUUAUCAGACUUUGAAAGAAUUCAGCGACCAAGUAGCGGAAUCCCGCCAGCAGGCGGAACAGGCGAGACUCGACAUCCCAGCGAUCCAGGACAAGGUUGCCUCGGCCGAGGCGAGCAUCAACAGCAUCGCCGAGGCGCUCGACGAGGCGUCCAACAAGGCUAAAGAGGCGAGGGACCUUGCGCAACUCGCUCAGAAGGAUUACGCUGAGAAAGCUAGCGAGGCGGCUCAUGAGAUCAAGAAGAAGGCGUCUACCUCCAGAGCUGACGCUGGCAAGCUUCGGGACGAAGCUGAGAAACUUUCGACCCGAGUGGAAGGCACGGCCAAGCAGCUUGCCGAUCUUGAGAAACAAGCCGAUGAGAAUUUUCAGCUCACCAGAGAUGCCAAGAUGAAGGUCGGCCAAGCCAACACAGACGCCAGGGAGGCCGAAAAGCAGGUCAACAAAGGUCUCGCUGACCUUGGCGUCAUCAAGGACGAGCUAAGGAAUCUUCCCACCUUGGACAGCGAAGCUUUGGACCGGCUGGAGGAGAAUCUGAACACGGUGCAGGCCGAGCUGGUGGCCUUAGACCUGGACGGCAAGAUCAAAGCACUGAAAGAGGCCAAGCAGAACCACCUGAGAUGGAUGGAACAAUACAAGAACGAGCAUGACUCCCUUCGUCUGGAAGUGGAAAACGUGAAGGACAUACUCGACCAGCUGCCAGAAGGCUGCUUCAAGAGGAUCGUGCUGGAGCCCACCGAGGGGCCGAAGAGGGCCUCCUACAGUUAGACGUUUCGAACGCGAUUAUUGUUUAGAAGUAAAUGAAUUUAGCGUGCAAAGAAGGUCAUAUCACGAUGACGAUUUGAUUCGUAUUGUCAUCAAAAGUUGGUUUUAAAUGACAGAUUGGCAUAAAAGGUAGCUCUUGACAGUUUAGAUUAUAUUAGAUUUUCUUUAUUUCUUAUUGAAAAUUACAUGAUAUUUUAACUUAAAAAUAACACAAAUUCACAAAAAGGUCGUCGUAUGUAUUAAUCAUGAAACAACAAAUAAUAAUUAAAAAAUCGACAAGAAUGUCAAAAAAAAGCGAUACAAUUAAUAAAAAAUAAAAAACAGUUACGACUGUAUAUCGAUACAGAAUAGAUGUAGUGCGAAAAGGGUUUCCUUCGUAUU